UGAACUGAAGCUGAGUAAUAGUAACUCUAGAGACCCGAGGAUUCGAUAUUUAUUACUUGUGCCACUAUACUGCAGUCCCUUUCAUUGGUUACACUUGGCCAUUGUUAGGUGUUGUGUCGUAGCGUGUCAAGUUUUUGGCGCCGUUGCUGGGGACUUUCUAGAUUAUUAGGAAAGGCAGAAGUUUGUUACUUUAGCGUUUUUUUCCACCCUUGCUUUUCACUUGGGUGUUUUUUUUGUUUUGUUUUGUUGGUGCAGAUCUGAAUCAUGGAUCCUAAUGGCUUCUCCAACCAUUGGGGGUAUCCACCACCAUCCGAGUGGUAUUACCUCGAGACUCCCUGGAGUAACCAAGGAGGAGAAUACUAUGGAGUCGGGUUUCAGUACCAACCUCCCUACUACGAAGGACAAUCAGACCCUUGGGUAUUCCAAGAACAAUCUCCUUAUCAAGAAGAAUUCCUCCUACAACAAGAAGGACCAUCAGAUCUUGGGUUCGCCACAGCCUUCACGGGCGAUCCGGCAGAGCCAUGCUACACUCCACAACCAGAUCCAAAUUAUCACAUGAGGCUUCUUGUGGAGCAGAUUGCUCGAGUACCUGAGAGAUCCUUUCCCGAGAUGGAGGCACGCGUUGUGCUUAUUUGUGUGAAUGAAUGUGGAUGUUGGUAUUUAAAUAUGAGAACCACGGGAGGUUGGAUCACUACUGGAUGCAGUAGAUGAUUGGGUCACUACUGGAUGACGAUAAGUAACGCAUCAGUUGAUCGUGUGUUUUUGGUUCACUACUGGACAGCGAGAUGUAAUGUCGUUGUUGACCGGGCUUGGUACUGAAGGACGAGACAAAACGGAGUACCAUUGCUUUAGAGGUAGGGACACCGGACGGCGAGACGUAACAUGGUGAUGCCUAGUACUAGUGUUAUGUGUAUGAGUGAAGGAUAGGAGUAGAGAACUCCUAUAAGUUAAUUACAGAAAAAAUUAUAAAGGGUGAAAGCGAGAACGACUUUUAAGUAAGAGGAGAAAUUCUAAUAAGGUUAGAUUUGAAUA